AUGGUAGAGAAAUGGAGCCUUGGAAGCCAAGAGAGGAGAAAAGGAGGAGGAGGACAUAGCAAGGCUGACCCUGGGCAAGGAGCAGGAAGACACUCUGAUCAUAAACUUGAGCAGGCAGAAGCUGGACCACUGACAGAGGAGGAUGCAGAAAAUUGGCAUGACAAACCUGUGCCAAAAGACAAGGCAGAUGCCGGCUCAAUCCGCAGUUUACAGACAGGCGUGGGAGAGCUUCAUGGGGAAACCAGAUUCUGGCAUGGAAAGGACUACUGCAAUUUUGUCUUCAAAGAUUGGGUUCAACUUGAUAAACCUUUUGCUGAUUUCAUUGAUAGGUACUCCACUCCCCGGAUGCCCUGGCAUGAUAUUGCCUCUGCGGUCCACGGGAAGGCAGCUCGUGACGUGGCGCGUCACUUCAUCCAGCGCUGGAACUUCACGAAGAUUAUGAAACCAAAAUAUCGGUCCCUUUCUUAUCCUUUUCUGCUUCCAAAGUCUCAAACAACAGCCCAUGAGCUGAGAUAUCAAGUACCUGGGUCUGUCCAUGCUAACGUACAGUUGCUCCGCUCUGCUGCUGACUGGUCUGCUGGUAUAAAGUACCAUGAAGAGUCCAUCCAUGCUGCUUACGUCCACGUGAUUGAGAACAGCAAGCACUACAUCUAUAUCGAA